CCAGAUGAGCUUGAUAAAAUCAACUCUCUCCCAGAGAGCCCACUGAUUCUCCUGCAAAAGCCUGCCAGACAACAGUUGUACCUGCAAGAGGUCUGUCACCUGCAUCGCACCUCUUUAGGCACCAGCCACCAAGUGCAAACAUAAUCACAAGAUGAAGGGAGUGAGGCCCCACAGCACCAGCGCUGACCUCGGGCCCACUCCUGCCAAGCACCCUCGCCUCCAACUACAGCAGCCUGCUCAGUGGGACCUGGAACGGCCUAUGCAGCCCUCGACUUGGCAAGGACUGCCUGAGAUCUCGCCCACCAGCCCGCUUGGGUCCUCUCUCCUGGACAUGCGCAGGGAACUUAUACAUAACCAGCUGGGAUCCUUCAGUGCUUCGGUAAGAGACAGUGAGGGCUUGGAAUACACCUCUCCCUCAGGGAUGCCAUGGAUGAACGCUCCAGAUGGCCUGGACCCAGGCCUUCAUCUCUCAUCUUCUUCAUUAGAUGGUCAAGUCCUAGAUGGCUGGAGUCCUUCAGACUUUCCUGGUGCAGAAAGUUAUGCUCUGUGGUCCACCUGGAGUCUCAAAGGCAGCAUGCUGAAGCCUCUUCCAGACUCACCACUGCAGCCUCUCCCUCCAUCUCCUCCUCCCAGUCACCAAGAGCACCGUCCUCUGAGUCCUGUAAGAUCUACUCGCCCUCCAUGCAAGGCCAGGAGGCGCCUCCUCUUCUAGGAAAAAUGGACUGCUCCAGCAACACAGCGACAUGGACAAUUACCUGGACUCCCAGACCUCCCGUGGACACCCAGCAACCUAAUGUUGAGCCUGUGUGCACACAGUGCUUUCUGCAGCACACUAGAGACAGGAGACAAAGACCUCAAGAAGAGUGGAGACAAUACAUCACACCUUGGAAGUUUAAAAAAAAAAAAUCUGCCUUUGAAAACCAGAAGAUGGAUUGACAAACUUGUAGCUUUAUCUCAAAACCUCCCAUUUCCCCUCCUUGGUGAUUCCCAGUAAGAACCCUGACGGCCUCUACUGUUUCUCCCAAACCAAGAAACCACUGGGUUUGCUCUGCUGCCAGUGUCUGUCCCUACUGUCUUUCCAUGGCUGAAUAAAGACUUAUCCCGGUUGGUUCAAGCUGUUCUCCUCGGAAACUGACAAUACCAUACUAGGGGACCAUGGUUCCAGCCUUGAAUUGAUGAUGCUUCUUCACUUCUUCUCAUCCAUCCCUUCACCUGCUGAUGUGGUCUUCACCUGUCAGUCUCCUGAAAAUGAGACUUGAUGCAGAUUGUCACCAGCUGUUGCCAGCAUGCAGUGGAUGGACCUUUCUUUUUUACUGAAAUUCCCAUACUGACUUUAGCUUUAGAUUCAUGGAAAGUGUUUGGGUUACUGUUCUUCCAAAUUGUUUUAUAUUUUUAACUUAGUAAAUGUUUUUUCUCCAGUAAACUUGUAUGAAAUGUUCAGUCAUUGUUAAAUGUGCCUCAUUGUGUAUGGAAAUAAAAUGUU